AUGGCGGGGGUAGAUUUCUCAAAUGUCUACUCUGCUACUUAUAGUAGUGUCCCGGUGUAUGAAUUCAAAAUCGAUGGCGAUAGUGUUAUGCGAAGACGGGGUGAUGAUUGGAUCAAUGCGACUCAUAUUCUCAAAGUGGCAGGGUUUGACAAGCCGGCGAGAACACGCAUCCUCGAGCGUGAGGUGCAGAAAGGGGUCCAUGAGAAGGUGCAAGGCGGCUACGGUAAAUAUCAAGGAACAUGGAUACCUCUUCCAGAAGGCCGCAUGCUUGCCGAGCGCAAUAACAUAAUUGAUAAACUUCGUCCGAUAUUCGACUAUGUAGCAGGUGAUCGGACCCCCCCCCCGGCACCGAAACAUACGACGGCAGCUUCAAAGCCAAGGGCUCAGAGAAACAACAAAAAAGCCGCAAAUGAACAAGUUUUCACUGCUGUUAAACCUCGUCGGAAUAUGGGACCGCCAAGUUUCGCUCAUGAACAAUAUGAGAUUAGUGCCGGAUUUGAUGAAGAUGAAUCCAUUGAACAGGCGACACUAGAAUCAUCAUCCAUGAUAGCGGAUGAGGAAAUGGUGUCAAUAUCUCAAAAUGGCACAUACUCGUCGAGGAAGCGAAAGCGGGGAUUGCACGAAGUCUCAGCCAUGUCAAUUAGCGAACAAGAGCAUAUUCUCUAUGGAGAUCAGCUCCUGGAUUAUUUUAUGACAGUUGGAGAUGCGCCAGAGGCAACUCGGGUUCCUCCUCCCCAACCCCCGACCAACUUUCAAGUGGAUCGUCCGAUUGAUGAUUCUGGGAAUACCGCGCUCCACUGGGCAUGUGCUAUGGGUGAUUUGGAGAUUGUCAAAGACUUAUUGCUUAGGGGGGCUGACAUGAAAGCCCUGUCGGUCCACGGAGAGACACCCUUAGUUCGCGCCGUUUUAUUCACGAACAACUAUGAGAAAAGGACUUUCCCAGCCUUACUAGACCUGCUUUUGGAUACUGUUUCCUUUCGGGACUGGUUUGGUGCUACUUUAUUCCACCACAUAUCUGAAACUACUAGAAGCAAAGGCAAAUGGAAAAGCUCUCGAUACUAUUGUGAGGUGGCACUAGAGAGAUUACGCAGUACCUGCUCCGCUGAGGAAAUUGACUUGCUGCUGUCCUGUCAAGAUUCCAACGGAGAUACUGCUGCCUUGAUUGCUGCUCGAAACGGGGCUUUUCGACUUGUCGAGCUGCUUCUUUUACGCUGUCCAAGAGCCGGUGACCUCGUGAAUACGAAAGGCGAAACAGCCACGGGCAUUAUCCAACGGGCACAUCCUUCUGAACGGGAUAUCCCACCUCCUCCUUCGUCCAUCACUAUGGGAAAUGAUCCAGUCGAUGGCGAAUUAACUGCUCCCACAAACCCUGAUCCACAGUCUAGUGCCUUACCGCAUGAUACUUCUCCUGUCACCGCACAAUUACUCUCUAAAAUCGGAGUGAUCCUGACCGAAGCGAACAAGAAGCUUGCCGUCAAUUAUGGCGGCGCGAAGGCCAACCAGCAAGAUUCGGAUGAUGUUGCAAACCCAAAAGCCCUAUAUGAGCAGCUGGAGCUGGAUCGACAGAAGAUUCAAAAGCAGUCUGUGGCCUUGGCUGCCAAGGAGGCCGCAGAGGAGCCGAGCGACGCACAGGUCAGCCGGUAUGAGCAGUUGAGGGCCAAUUACGAAUCACUUCUAGAACAGAUUCAAGAAGCUCGCCUAAAAGAGCGGAUUGCGUCUACACCCAUGCCGACGCAGGGCACUCCUUUGGCGCCGACUGAUCCGAGCAAGCUUUUGACUACCUUUCAGUUAGCUCGGACUCUGUGCUUUGAGCAAAAAGCAAGGCGCAGAGCAGUCAAGGAUCUAGCUCAACAGACCGCUGAUGCAGGCGUCAGCACGAAGUUUGACGUCCAUCGCAAGCUUGUAGCCCUGGCCACUGGGCUAAAGGAGGAAGAAUUAGAUCCUAUGGCAGCUGAGUUGGCAGAGACGCUCGAGUUUGACCGUAUGAAUGGUAAGGGCACAGGAAUGGAGUCCCCGGAUGCAGAUCAUAAAGAACCAACCGCACUGUCGUUUCCUGGUCCGAUAGUAUCUGUGGAUGCUUAG